GUGGCGGCAAUGUUAUGGAGUUUCCGCUGCUGGCUCACUUCUAUGCCAUCAGGUUCGGAAGGCUAGCUGGGUUGCUAAGCUAGCGUCCCGCUCGGCCUCCAUCAGACCCACAGCUGAGGCAGUCGGAGCCGUCACCUGUUCCCUGAAGGAGAUUAUCGAACGUUUAGGAAACUGCAUGAGAACAAAGAGAAGCCCAGAAAUAUGGUGGUUCUCAAAAUCCGAGACCAGCCUCCUUUGCUGAAAGCCAUUUUCAAUGUGGAUCCAGAUGAAGUACGAUCACUCAUAUUCAAGAAAGAGGAUGUGAACGCACAGGACAAUGAGAAGAGAACUCCACUACAUGCUGCCGCCUAUCUUGGAGAUUCAGAAAUUAUAGAGCUUCUAAUUCUUUCAGGUGCAAGAGUAAAUGCCAAAGAUAACAAGUGGCUCACUCCACUGCACCGAGCUGUCGCCUCUUGCAGUGAGGAGGCCGUCCAUGUGUUGCUGAAACACUCGGCAGACGUGAACGCUCGAGACAAGAAUUGGCAGACGCCACUCCACAUCGCUGCAGCCAAUAAGGCGGUCCGUUGCGCCGAGGCGCUCGUCCCACUGCUCAGCAACGUGAAUGUGUCGGACAGAGCGGGUCGCACGGCGCUGCACCACGCAGCCUUCAGCGGCCAUCUGGAGAUGGUGAGGCUCCUUCUUUCCAGGGGGGCAAACAUAAAUGCCUUUGACAAAAAAGACAGACGGGCAAUUCACUGGGCAGCUUACAUGGGACACAUAGAAGUGGUGAAGCUGCUGGUUUCUCAUGGAGCUGAGGUUGCCUGCAAAGAUAAAAAAUCCUACACACCUCUGCAUGCAGCUGCCUCCAGUGGAAUGAUCAGUAUUGUCAAAUACCUCCUGGAUUUGGGGGUGGAUAUUAAUGAGCCCAACGCGUAUGGAAACACUCCCCUGCAUGUAGCCUGCUACAACGGGCAGGACGUGGUGGUGAACGAGCUUAUAGAGUGUGGCGCAAACGUCAACCAGCUGAACGAGAAGGGCUUUGCUCCCCUCCACUUCACUGCCGCCUCACAUCAGGGAGCUCUGUGCCUGGAGCUACUGGUGUGCAACGGGGCUGAUGUCAACAUUCGGAGUAAGGAUGGGAAGACGCCGCUCCACAUGACGGCCAUCCACGGAAGGUUUUCUAGAUCACAGGCCAUCAUCGAGAACGGUGCUGAGAUCGACUGUGAAGACAAGAACGGAAACACGCCGCUGCAUAUCGCAGCUCGAUAUGGACACGAGCUCCUCAUCAACACGCUGAUCAGCAACAAAGCUGACACAGCCAAACGGGGGAUCCACGGCAUGUUCCCGCUACAUUUAGCUGCUCUCAGCGGAUUUUCUGAUUGUUGUCGAAAGCUCUUGUCCUCAGGAUUUGAUGUCGAUACUCCUGACGACUUUGGAAGGACGUGUUUACAUGCCGCAGCUUCUGGGGGAAACCUUGAAUGUCUCAAUCUUCUUCUCAACACGGGGGCAGACUUCAACAGGAAGGACAGCUUUGGCAGGACUGCUUUGCACUAUGCCGCUGCCAAUUGUAACGACCAGUGCCUGUUUGCUCUGGUGGGCUCAGGAGCCAGCGUCAACGACCUUGACGAACGGGGCUGCACUCCCCUCCACUAUGCCGCCGCCUCUGACACAGACGGAAAGUGCCUGGAAUACUUGCUGCGGAAUGAUGCUAAUGCAGGGAUCCAGGACAAUCAGGGCUACAAUGCUGUACACUAUGCCUCUGCUUAUGGUCAUCGCCUUUGUCUGGAGUUGAUUGCGAGUGAAACCCCUUUAGAUGUGCUCAUGGAAACCUCAGGGACCGACAUCAUGAAUGACUCUGAUGUCAGGGCUCCCAUCAGCCCCUUGCACCUUGCUGCAUACCACGGUCACCACCAGGCGAUGGAGGUUCUCGUUCAGUCUCUGCUGGAUCUGGACGUGAGAAACAGUCAGGGGCGCACCCCUCUAGACCUGGCUGCAUUUAAGGGCCACGUGGAGUGUGUGGAGGUCCUCAUCAACCAGGGGGCUUCCAUCCUGGUCAAAGACUACACCUUAAAGCGAACGCCUAUUCAUGCUGCAGCUACAAAUGGACAUUCAGAAUGUUUACGCUUGCUGAUUGGAAAUGCUGAUCUACAAAGUGCAGUUGACAUUCAAGAUGGAAACGGGCAGACCCCUCUGAUGUUGGCGGUCCUAAGUGGGCACACGGAUUGUGUGUAUUCCUUGCUCAAUAAGGGAGCCAAUGUGGAAGCCAAAGACAAGUGGGGCAGGACGGCCCUGCAUAGAGGAGCCGUGACUGGACAUGAAGAAAGUGUGGAGGCUUUGCUUCAACACAACGCCAACUUCUUGGUGCGGGACUGUAAAGGGCGCACGCCUGUCCACUUGGCAGCAGCGUGUGGCCACUUCGGUGUACUUGGGGGACUUCUGCAUGCCGCCCAAUCAGUGGACCCCCUCCCUGUUUUAACAGACAACCAUGGCUACACCCCACUUCAUUGGACCUGCUAUAACGGUCAUGACACAUGUGUGGCGCUUUUAUUGGAAAAUGAAGUUUUCCACAAGGCAGAUGGCAACUCAUUUAGUCCCCUCCACUGUGCUGUAAUUCAUGAUAACGAAGGUGCUGCCGAAAUGCUUAUAGACACGCUGGGUCCUGCCAUUGUCAAUGCCAAAGACAGUAAAAAUCGGACCCCUCUGCACGCUGCGGCCUUCACCGACCACGUCGAGUGUCUCCAGCUACUGCUGAGCCACAACGCUCAGGUCAACGGUGUUGAUGCGGCGGGAAAGACGCCACUCAUGAUGGCAGCAGAGAACGGCCAGACCAAUGCAGUCGAACUGCUGGUGAGCAGCGCGAAAGCCGACCUGACUCUGCAGGAUGCAGUCAAGAACACAGCACUCCAUCUCGCAUGUAGUAAGGGUCAUGAAACCAGUGCCUUGUUGAUAUUGGAGAAGAUAACAGAUAGAAACCUCAUAAAUGCUACGAAUGCCGCCUUACAGACGCCUCUACAUGUGGCUGCACGAAAUGGUCUCACGGUCGUGGUUCAAGAGCUGCUAGCAAAAGGAGCGAGUGUUUUGGCGGUCGAUGAGAAUGGUUACACACCAGCUUUGGCCUGUACGCCAAACAAAGAUGUGGCUGACUGCCUGGCUCUCAUCCUGGCCACCAUGAUGCCCGUCUCCCCCAGCACACAGGCAAUCACUGUUCCUUUCAGCGCCAUCAACCACUACACCACCAGCCCGUCAAAGAGUGUCACCUUUGACAGCCUGCCCUCACUGCGGGGUCAGCACACGACAUACUGCAGCUUCAACAACAUCGGCCAUCACGACGGUUUCUACAAAGAUGAGGAGCUCAACGACUCCGACUCAGAGACAUACUGAGAGGCAGAAGGAGACGGAGAAAAGUGCUCAAACACACGCACUGUGUCUUAUAAAUCACCCACCGCCAGCUUGGGAGGGCAGAAGAAGAGAUGAGCCCCCACAGGAGCCUUAAGAGUCCCAACCCCCUCCCACCCCCCAGCAGAGAGAUGGUGAGGGGAAAAGGUGCAGCGAGCUUGGCAACACUCGGCCAGCAUCGGGUGUUCCUCUAGCUCAUUCUGGAGCAUUCUGGACCGCGGUGACUGCUGGUACCAACGCUGGUCAGCGCAGCAGUUCACACUGCUAAUCAUGCGCCAGCAACAUUUUCACUGCAAUAGAUGAUGCUGAAGAGACGGUAGCACCUCACAGGAACUGUCAGGGACCAACAGACAUGUUUCCAUUUUAACCCAGUUUUAACUAUGUACGUGAACGGAUUUGAGGGGGGGAAGGGGGCAGGCUGAUGUCAAGUUUUUCUGUGAACCUGGAGAUCUUCGCACAAUAAAACGGAAAUCAGAAUGCACUUCAAGUCUGUACGUCAAUACAAAACAAUAGCUGUUUAUUUUAGUUUGGUUUUUUAGCAUUUCUUCUGGGAGCUCCCAUGAACUUCUUCGUCUUAAAUGCCACUUGCAUCGCUGACGUUGACAUUAAACCAGUCUAAUUUAAUCAUCCUUACACUUUUGACUUGUCCAUCACAUUAGUCAAAGAUAAAUUAUGACUUCUUGAUUUGUAUUUAUGUGUUCAUUUCGUGCCUUCAUUCGUUACUGAGAGACGUAUUGGCCGAGGCAGCUGUGAACGAUUCAUGAAACAUUCAGAAGCACUGAGGUUCUGCCUUGUGAAGAGAAACACUGUAAACCAAUGAGAAGUUUGAUCUUUCUUCCGUUUGAAUUUUUUUUUUUCCUCAUUAUAUUCUCUGUGGACGGGUUCGGCUUGCUUCAAAAUAGAAAACCACUCAAUGCCGAUUUAAAUGGAAAAAAAGGCAACGAUUUUUAACUGGAAUGUGUACAAAAUAUUGGCAAGCUUCACUAGAAAGGAAAAGCCGUCUUUUUCUUGCGUUCUUUAGAGGGAUGAAACUACCAUGUACAUAGAAUUUAUGACUGUGAAUCAGAAGCUCCGCUGAAUUCUUUCAGACCUGAGAUUGCUGUAUAUUUUAUGAGUAAUAAAUAAAUGAGUUAUUUAA